AUUCAAAUGUCAGUUGACACUUGUCAGUUGCGCCUGUCAAGUGUCAUUUGUCAGAAUUCAUCGUAAACAUAAUUCUUGAGUUGAUUUAUAUUGAAAAUAUUUGUUGCGAAUAGCAUUUAAAUCAUUAUUAGGUAUAUUUUAUUGAAUACAGUGAAAAUGAACUUCUUUAGGAAAGCUCCUACAGUUAAAGAAAUACAAAGGGAAAAUGACCGUGAGCUGCGCAAAGCUGGCAGAGAUUUGGAAAGAGAUAAAGCAGCCCUUGAAAGAGAAGAGAAGAAACUUGAAAUGGAAAUAAAGAAGAUGGCAAAGGAGGGCAACAAUGAUGGUUGUAAAAUAUUAGCAAAACAGUUAGUUCAGUUAAGAAAACAAAAGAAUAGAAUUUAUUCAGCUAACAGUAAGAUUUCAAGUGUACAAAUCCACAACAAGGCGAUGGGUGCAAACAUAGCUAUAGCUGGUGCGAUGGGCACCACGGCCAAGACAAUGGGCAACAUGAACAAAGUCAUGAAUCCACACCAAAUCGCAAAAGACAUGGAGGCCUUUAAACAAGCCAAUGCUAAAAUGGAUAUGACAGAUGAGAUGAUUUCAGACACUCUUGAUGACAUCAUGGAUGAAUCUGGUGAUGAGGAAGAAACUGAAGGAAUUGUUAACCAAGUGCUUGAUGAAAUUGGCAUUGAAGUCAGUGGAAAGAUGGCCAACGCCCCUUCGGUUUCCCGCAACAAAAUAGGUCAAUCAACCACCGACGCCGACAGAGACAUCCUGGCUCAACUUGAAAAGCUGAAGUCUUAAGAUUUGGCAAAUCUUGUCAUCGCCACAGCAGCAUUUUACAAUAAUUAAGUUAUGUUAUAACAGCUUUUAUUUCCUAAAUGUUAUUUUCUAUAUAUAGUUGUUUUGAGUGAAACAAUUAGUUGAAUCAAAAGUAAAAAUAUUGCAAUUGAUUAGCGUAAAUUUAAUAAAUGAUAUAAUGAAUUAAUGUUAAUAUUUGUUAAUUCAUUCAAGAACAGAAUUGUGACCUAAAUUUUACAACUCUAGACCAAUGUUUAAUAUUUAUUUUGUGUUAUCUAAUACUAUAAAAAAUAAAACAGUAUGAUAAAUAUAUAAAAUGGCAGAAAAUGUUUUCUAAGACAGUCCUGCUUUGCAGGGAUAUUGAGUAAAUUACUUAUUAGCUAUAUAAUUUUAUUUUGGCGAGAAUAGAACACGGGAUUUAGACCAUAAGAGUAUAAAUGGAAUAUUAUUUUUGCUUAUUGUUACACAUGUAACAAUGAUCACUAAUGCUAGUUAUUUUGUUCUACCUUCUAAACUGUCUUAAUAAAUAAUUUAUUGUUUUCCAGAGAUGUAAAUAUUAUAAUCAUCUGUACAUAUAAUGUGAAAAUAAAUCUGUGAUAUUUUUGUAUUAUAUGAUACUAGACAA